CCUGCGAGAGUCCGCAGUCGGAAUCGAAACCCGAACCCGUCGUCUAGUUGCGUCCGAGGAACCUUCCGCGACAAAAAUUAACGCCGCAAGGAUCUACUCCGGGUCCGAUUCGAAAAAAAAAAUCAAAAACCAAAAACAAAAAACAUAAAAACAAAAACACAACGGAAAAACAAAAAACAGUCGAUUCAGUGAUCGCGACGGCCGACAGAACGAGAGAAAAACAAAAGCCGCGCGCGUUACGUUGGAGAUAAAAAAAAAAAAAGUGCACCGCGUUUCAAAAAUCCUCGCUACGUUUCACCGCGUUCCUCUUCUUCGUCUCUUCGUCGUCAGAUCCAUUGACAGAAGGAAGUCGAAAUUUUAACCGACGUCGAUGACUACGUACGGAAUGAAGCGGACAUAAAAAAUUUGUUCGAUAGUUCGAAAAUCGAAUAAUUUCGUCGCCCGGAGUCGACAGAGAUAGAUAAAAAGAAAGAGAGAGAGAGAGAGAGAGAGAGAGAGAGAGUGGGGGGCUCAGGAGAAUCUAAAAACUGGAAAGUGAGAAACCGGGGAAAAAGGAGGAAGCGGAGAAGGAGAGAGACGAAAAGUUCGAAGCUAAAAACGAGGAGUAAAUAAAAACCAUUUUAAUGGGCAUCAUGAAAUCUCCGGCCAAGGUGCUGCUGUCGUUUAUUUUAUUGGCCUCCGGGCUAACGGCGCUUCCGAACCAGUUGCAGCCUCGCGUUCGUUCGGCGAGAUCGAAACAGGUGACGGUCGUCGCCCCCCAAAAUACCCCCGCUUCAAGGUCGACCCUGGACCCGACCACGUCCGCUCUGACCUCAUCCACCACGGGCAAAAUAAAAUCCAUCCCUCUGCCCACCACCGAUCACCCCGACGACACCCUGGCCGACAACCGGAUCGGGGUCGCCGAGGAAGCCGUCGCGGCGUCGACGAAUGUACCGAAAAAAAUUAACAACGACGCCGACCGAGCGGAGAUCGACGCGGGCAACGACGACGGGAGGGAGGACGAGAGAAUCGAACAGAAAAAUUCGCCGAUCGGCAACGCCGAGGGUCCGGCGGCCACCGCGUUUCCGCCAGCGCCCAGAGAAUCGUUGGGAAAAAUCAGACCGCAAUUAAAACUUACCACGAAUUACACCAGCGCCAGUGAGACGGGCGUCAGGCUGCCGGAAGGAGCCAGCGCGGCUCUGGCCAAGCCUACGAAGUACCAUUACUACCCCCACAACCAGCACAUCUACCUACUGCCGGAAUGUGCUGUACAACAGGUAUGCAACGCGGUCUACGUGAGGCUGAAUUUCACCCAGCCACUGUGCGCUUGUCCGGGACGUUACAGGGACCCGUGCAGCGCGUCGUUGGACAGCGACGACCAACACACUACCGAACUGGUCACCGACCCCCGCACCAAGGCCCUGACAUUGGUAAAGACGUGCGAGCCGGUGGCGGAUAUGAGGGAAUGCAGGGCGCCGAAGGACUGGUCUCUCCUUGCGCUGCAGAACGUCAGAACAGGGAAAUCCCAUUAUCUGGUGAUAUGUCGGUGCCCCGACACUAAUAUCCUUGAGGGACCGAUGAGCCACGACCAGCCGAUGUACGCGAGCGUUCCGGGUAUCCGGGUCUACGGUAUGAUGUGUGUACAAGGGAAUCGCAGAGGACGCCCGCUACGGUAUCCGAGAAACGUUGGCGACGAGCUUUCCGGAACGGAAGAAGCCGAUCGGGAGCCAGGAUUCCCGUGGGAUAAAGUGCCGGAGUUAUUGAAAACGGCUAUUCAAGGCUGAAUCGUUUGGCGGAGUAGACAAAAGCCGCUGCCAUUUCUCGCCACCCAAGAGAUACACUAUUUAUACGAUAUAGCCGCACACUAUUUAUUGUUUUUCUAAAACGAACCAACUCUAUUAUUAUUAUUAUUAUUAUUAUUAUUUAUGUUAUUUAUUGUUCGGAAAAUAAUCGCGACGAGGAGAGAAAAAACAGUUUGACCCACGUUAGGAGGAAGCGUCCUAGAAAUUAGAGAACGGAAAACGACCUGUCGAGAUCCCUUAUCUUUCACCUGAUUCGAAACGAGAUCGAUCAUUAUCAUCAUGCGAUGUAACUGCGAGUAGACCUAAGGUAUAAUACUUCCUCUCUUAAUACUAGACACAUAGGCGUUAAUUAACAUCCUUAGAAAUGUAAGGACAAUCACAACAUUUAGAAACGUAGAAAAUAAACAUAGUCAAGCUCUCGGCUGUAAAUAAAAAUACAAUACGAAACCAGUGGAA